AUGGCUGGUAGUGGUGGUAGUGGUGGUGGUCAUAGUGGUGGUGGUAGUGGUGGUGGUCAUAGUGGUGGUGGUCAUAGUGGUGGUGGUAGUAGUAGUGGUGGUAGUAGUAUUGGUGGUGAUGGUAGUAGUGGUGGUGGUGAUGGUAAUAGUGGUGGUGGUGAUGGUAGUAGUGGUGGUGGUAGUAGUGGUAGUAGUGGUGAUGGUAGUAGUGGUGGUGGUGGUGAUGGUAGUAGUGGUGGUGGUAGUAGUGGUAGUAGUGGUGAUGGUAGUAGUGGUAGUAGUGGUGAUGGUAGUAGUGGUGGUGGUGGUGGUGGUGGUGGUGAUGGUAAUAGUGGUGGUGGUGAUGGUAAUAGUGGUGGUGGUGAUGGUAGUAGUGGUGGUGGUAGUAGUGGUGGUGGUAGUGGUAGUAGUGGUGGUGGUGGUAGUAAAGCUAUUCCACCACGAGCAAACAAUGAUUAUUAUGUAGCAAAAUUAAACCCCGAGAACUGA